GUGUGACAAGAGUGAAACUCCAUCUAAAAAACAAACAAACAACAAACAAAAACCAAAACAUUUCAGGAUACGUCAUGUAGUUAAAAAUAACCUGGACUAGGUGUCAGAAAUUUUUGGUUUUGGUCAUAGCUUCCUUAUUAAGAACCAUGUGACUCUUCUGUUUGUACCUGCUGGAUUCCACAUGGAAUUGAGGAAGCUGACCACGUGACUUUGGUAAGUUACUUCUUUUCAAAGCCUCUAUGCCCUAUCUGUAAAAUGGGGAUAGUAACUGUGUCAUGACUCCCACAGGGCUGUUGAGGAACACAUCAAGUAACCUGUGAGAAAAUGCUCUGAGAAGAGUGAAAUACUGCACAGUGGAAGAGAACCCACGGACACUGGCCACAGGAGGGAGAGGAACGGCGUCGCAGGUGGAGAGAAUCGCUUGUAUGAAGGCACAGAGCGGGGCAAGAAGAUGGUGGUGGACUUUCCCCAGGAGCUGUUCGGGAGAGGGAACAGCGGAUGCCAAGCUCUUCCUCUGCCCUGGAGCAAGUCCCAUUUCCUCAGAGAACAUGGUCCCCUUGGGCCAAAAGGACAUGAAGACGCUCUUGCUAAUGCCAGCCUGGCUCUCCCCAUCCCGCCCCCUGCGUCCCUGCCCUCCUGGCUGCCCUCCCUUCUCCUAGCUCUGUCCCCUCUCACUUCAGGAGCCUCAGGUCCUUCAGAUUUCUACUCCAAAGUCUGGGGGUCUCUGGACGGGUAGGACGUGAUCUCACCGCCUCUUCUCCUGCCCAGACUUGUUGGGAUGAAGUUCCUGAUGCUGGUAGCGCUGAAGCUGACACUCGCCAGGGCACCUCCCUGACAUGAACGCCCCUUGAGACUGGGCCAGUGCUCCUGGUGCCUGGGCACCUGCAGAAAGGCACCCAGCAUGGCCGCCGCGGCACGCCCUGAGUGUGUGGGUGGGGGCUGAUGCAAACUCACAUUCCAGCUGCCCCAGUCCAUUUCGUGCUGCUCUCACACAACCCCGGAGACUGGGCGAUUCAUAAAGGACAGAAACGUAUCUACCCGCAGUUCUGGAGCCAGGUGCCAGCAGGUUCCGUGCCUGGUGAUGGCUCCAGUCUGUGCUUUCACGAUGGCGCCUUGCUACUGCGUCCUCACAUGGCUGAAGGUGGAAGGGCAACAAGUGAAUGUACUCCCUCCACACAGCCCCUGCAUCAGGACCCCUGAUUCCAACCAUGGCCUAAUCCCCUCUUAAAGGCCCCACCUGUUAAUGCUAUCACAUUGGCAACACCUGGAUUUUGCGGGGGACCACAUUCAAACUGUAACGCCAUCUAAGGCUGCUUCUGCCUGAGACAAGUGUGCUAACGUCUGCCUCAGAGACAGGGCCGAAAGCAGCUUGCUCUGCCCUGGCCUGGAAGCAGGGACAGGGGAUAACUUUCAUUUCUCCCUUCCAAUGCCAGCUGGUCUCAAACAAAACUUAGCCCCUCGUGCCCUCUAAGGAGUGGGUUCCUGUGCAGGAGGCUCUAAGGUACUUUGUGAUAAUAGACCAGGGAAGGUAAGUGGGUUCCCUCUCAUGCUUGGCGUCCAGGUGUUUGAGGGUAGCUGCCCAGGGCCGUGUGUUGAGGGUUCUAAGGCCAGGGCUGCAGCAAGGGGGGAUGGGUGCAUGAUGAAUUUGCAUGGUAGCUGGAAGUGUCCCCUCUGAAUGGCUCCCUGGAUAUCCCGGGACCACUGGCCAUUUGCAGCCUGAGUCCCAGCAUGAACUCAGCUGGGGCCCUCCUUCGUGUUAAUGCUUCACUUUUCAAACAGGAAAUAGAAGGAAAACAAAGCUGGUUUCUAACAAAAACUUUGAUUUUAAAGCCAGAGUAUGAGUCAGAAACAUCAUCCAUUGCAGCCAGCUUUACAUGGGAACAGCCCAGUUCUUCAAAAUAAGCAGCUGUCAUUUCAUGGCCCCGAGGCAUCGUGUUUCCAGAAGAGCCGCAGUCCCUCUUGCGUUGAGAUGGGUUGUAGCAGGACCUCUUAGAGAAUCCGACAGUUUCGGGCUGGAAAGGGGCUCCCUUUUGUUCUGUCUGGACACUAAGGCAGUGCAUCAUCUACAGGUACAUGCCCUGCAUGGCUGCUGGCUUGUCACCCGACAAAAUGCCCAGCAUUGAUCCAGACGCAUAGGCGUGAACCCUGGAGGAUCCUGUUUUCUGUGGCUGGAAGAGGCAGGUGAAGGCACCAGCUCAAACUGUUCACCUCCUGCCGUCUAUCCUGCACACCCCGGCAGGCCACAUGGUGACCUUCUAUGUCCAGCUGGGGCAGCAGGCAGCUGCCCCUGCCUCUGCGGGGAGUGAGCAAUGGGCCGCGGGAGCACUUGUCCUGGGCAGCUCUUCUGAGGGUGGCUUUGCACUGCCACUGAGUUUUGGGAGCCCAGGGCCUGUGGUCUCCUGGGGGCUGCGUGCAGAGUGUCGUUCCCCAGAACCAGAUGGGGAAGGGAACCGUGGGGAAAGAACGUGACCUUUGGGCUCAAUCCUGGUAUUGAAGCCCUGUUCGUUCUUUUACAUUUUCCUGAUGUGCAGCAUUGGGUAAAUGCCUUCUGAGUUUCAUUACUGCUGGUUAAAUUGGGCGAGAACUUCAUAAGGUUGCAGGAAGUAUUCCGAGAAAUAGUACACGCACAGUACUUAGCAUGGUCACCGCACGUGGCUAGCGUGCACCAAACUGGCCCAAAUUGACUAGAAUGGGGAGGGUGGGAGGUGGCAAUCUCUACUUUCUUUUUAACCUGAGGUGUCUGAUGCUACUUGCCGGGCGGGCUUCUGGCCUGUGACGAGCGCUCCCACUCUCUGCUGCCCAGAGACCUCGGUGGCUUUUGGGGUAUUCUUUGUUCUCAGUGCCUUUGUGUGGAGAGCCUCUGUCUCCCUCUAUUCUGUGGGUGAUGCAGGGGGUGCUGCUGUGGGCUGCCCCUGGAGGUCAUGGUCUCUGAGCCUCAGGCUGCCAAGGGUGGGGACUUCCGUACCUGAGCUCCCGCCGCCCUGGGGAAGCCAUGUGGGCAGUAGCUCAGAAUGCAACUCCCCCCUAGAGCCUGGGCCACCGGGGACUUGCGGGAGAAAGAACAGGGAUGCGGAAGACUGGACAGUCCUGAAAGCUGAGAGGGGCCACAGGAGCCCAGACGACAGAGGACUAUGGGAGACAAGUGAGGGCACCAGCUUCCCUGAGUUGAGGGCCCGUGAUACCCAGGAGGGCAGAGAGGGAGACAGGGAGCCGGCCGGGAACCUCUGAGCAGGCGAGUGGGAGACAGAGUGGGACAGAGAAGGCAGCUCUGUGUUCUGCUCUGAUCCAUCUGACUCCACACAGACGUGGAGUUCUCUGAGACGCCUUUCCCUGAAUCUGAGAGCUUACUAACAGGAGGCUGGGCCCCUGAGACAGAGAUCGGGCAUGUAAUGAAUGAAUGUGAAUCAUGAAUACAGCUGGAGCACCCCCAAUCAGGGUAGCCCAUGCCUUCCAACUGUGAACACAGAGGCCUCGUUGCUUUCCCGAAAGUCUAGUUAAUGACUAGUUAAUAUCUAAUCAAUGACCAGUUAACGACAGUGCUCCCAAGUCCAUCAUCCCACCCCCUUUCCCCAAAAUUCAGCACAAAUGGCAUCAGUUUGAGCUUCCCAAAGCGUCUCCUAAGAUGUGUGGUUACAGUGGUUACAGCCCUGCCCUAGGGUCUCUGGGUGCAUCGGCCUCCUGCUCCCAGAUCCAAGCACGACCGAAACCCUCACAACAGAAAUCAUCGUUGUGGCCCAGCGCUGCCACCACUGCUUCCGCUUUUAGCCUGUUUUGUUUGUGUUUAGUCCCUGAGGCACUGGCCCUAACAACAAAUGAGGAGAAGCCAAGUUCUCUGCUUUCUGCAUUCAGGGUCUGCCCUGGAUGGGGUCUUCCUCUAAGGCGAGCUUCAGAUCUGCUCAAGCUUCCGGCAGUGGGGCCAGGAGGCAGGGCCUGGGCAGGGGAGACCAGAGCCUCUCGAUGAUGCCUCCCAACGGCAGGGCUCAGACACACACACCGGACUGGGGAAGCCCCCGCAGUGAAAAGCGAGACAGUCUUUUGCCUGCAGUGGCCCUGCGCAGACUCUGCUCUCACCGUGGUGCUGACAUCCCAAGUUUUCAGACUCGCCAGGACCCAGUGACAGCAUCUGUGUCCCCAGCUCAGGGCACUGGAUGGAGCUGGGAACUGACAGCCCUGAUCAAUAGUCCCAAGAGAAAGGCCAGUCCUCUUCCUCCUCGGAAUCCUGGGUUUCUAGAAGGCAAAAGGUUUUCUGAGAAACAAGGCUUUUGGAAGGAAGGCGGUACCUGGCUGGGCGUUCAGAAAGGAGAGUUAAAUGGAGAGGCUGAACAGAGGACACAUGUGGAACGCAUGGGGAGGGGAGGCUGGGGCGCAGGGCUCCGGGUCUGCUCUUCUGUGUCCAUCCCGGAUCCUGCUUUUGUCCAGAUGGGCCUCAGAGCAGCAGUCACUUACUCCAAGAAGCCAUUUCCCGUGGCCAAUCAUGAAGAUGACGCACUCGGAAGCUUGUGGGCUCUGAGGAGGGGGAGGGACGCAGCGGCCAUGCAUUCAUCCCAGCACAGGCAGCGCGUGGCUCCGGAAACAGACACAGGCUGGGCCUGGCCCAGGAGUCUGCCAGGAGCCAGGAGCAUCUGCACCUCCCUGGAGGCCCAGGCUUCUCUCCCCAGAAGCUCAAAAAUCACGCAGCGUCUGAAGUGCAGGGCGCAGGUGUGCUGGAGUGACAAAGCCCCGAGCUGUGGUGAUGGGAGGGAGGGAGGAAGCGCCGGUUUUUGUCUGUUCUUUGGGCGGAUUUGCUGUCUCUGUCUUUGUCUCUAAUGUCCUUUGCACCACUGACCUUGAGGAGCCUUUUGUUCCUCCUGUCCCAGUUUGGUUUCCAUGGGAACCUGAGUGGCAGCGUCAUCACUUUGCUGAGGUGAAAUGCCCCCCGAUGCCAUGAAUACCUAGGGGAAAACCUGCCAGAGAAGCAUAAACCAUCCAAGAGACGGCCUGCAGGGCAGGGCCUCACAGGCUGCUCCCAUUCUCUCUCAGGUUUCGGUCUUUUAGCUUUGUGUCUCCAAGUUUACGGAAGGUGCAGGGGAAGAGAAGCUCCAUCAGUUUCGUCUGGAUCUUGGUCCUCAGCAACUGUCUGGUGCCUGACAGUGCAGUAAGAGCUUGCCUGGCCAGUGUGCAGAGCUGCCUCCUCCUGAAAUUCCUGACAGCCUGAGGGCAGAAACUGUCAACCGGCUCCCUCCCAGUGAUCAGAUGGACUGAAGUGGGCACAGGUCCCACUUCAUCAAAUAAACAUACAGCACACCUAAUUCCAUUGAAUUGCAGCAGAUGGGAAAAUGCAAAUCUGUAAGGAGAAUAUGGAAAUUCACUCUUUUAAGCCAGCUACCUGUCAGAUAUCACAAUAGAAACCAACGAGGUGACAGGACGUUUAAAGGAAUGCUUCAAAAAUGAAAAUAAGGCAUUUAAAUGGGCAGUGGAAAUCAAGAGAAACUGCAAAGCUACAACAUGAAAAGAGCUAAUUAGGAGGAAGUCAGAGCAGCCCAGAUCCUGUGACAAGCAAGCCAACAAGCGACAUGGCCGCACUCAGAGGGAAGCAAAGCAGCGUCGGUGAAGCCCAGGGCUGCAGGAGAGGUCCUUUGGCCAUCCUUGGUGAUGGUGGGUCUGCGGGGAGCAGAUGGGUUGCGGUGAGGAUGGUAAGGGGUGCUCUGCUCAGGAGGCACAUAAACCUGCGCAGCCUCAGGCUUGCCCUGGCAUGUUCCCACCUGAUGACCCCUCUGUGGGCUCCUUGCUCAGCAUCCUCCGGAAUCACAGGGACCAUGGAAGCAACAGUUGUGAUGGUCCCUGCGAGAGUCUUGCCAGGUUAACAACACCUAGAGAGUGCUUGAAGGCCGGGGCCAUGGGGAUUUGAGAGUCUAAAAUCAGUAAUUCGCAGAAUGAUCGGAUCGAGGCAGGGAGGAGUGUUAGGGAGGAACCAGGGCCUCUGACUUGCAGAAGCAAAUGGACAGAGCAUUUGAAUGGACAGAGCAUCCUCCUCUCCAGCGUCUGCCCAUUCAAUGAGUGAGCUCCUCAAGCGUCAGUCCUAGCCUGCCUCUCUGUCCAUGCUCUGCUUCCUUCGAGGACAAUCUUAGCUAGGAACUCAGCUUCAGGUCCCACUUACAGCCCAAUGACUCCCAAACUUAGGACUUUCACUGUUCUGUCUUCAGAGGUCUAGGUAUAUGCAAAUGCUGGCUUUUGAGGGUCCUCAGAUGCAAACAUGCAAAUGCAGGGGCUUGGCUCAAAGCCAAACUCACGCCAUUCUCUUUCCAACCCCUCUGAAUUAGAUUCUACUCCAGGGCAGCUGGGCUCAGGGAUUGGGCAGCCCCCGUCCAUUUGCUUCUGCAAGCCAGAGGCCCUGGUUCCUACAUAACACUCCCCUUUGCCUCGUUCCGAUCAUUCUGCAAAUUAUUGCCCCGAAAAUGUCAAAUCCAUCUACGUAUCUGUAGCUCCACUGCCUCCUCGGUCCAAGUGGCCAUCACUUCUCACCCAGCUGGCCCCCCCAUGACUUCUCCUGUCCCUUUGGAGCCCCUGUCCUGUGUGGCCAGUUGGCAAGUGCUGUUCCCUGCGGGCCUCUGGCAGGAAUGU